AGAGAGCACCGCACAAGAUCGCCUUAAACACAGAUACUAAUGAUACAUUUUGAAUGCAUUUUUAAAUAAUUCUAUAUAGUUUCUGUCAGCAUACUGUUAAUCCAUUGAACAAACCACCUCGGAAAAAGGGUUGAUAAAAGUAAACCGAUCGUACUUUAGAUAUAGCCGGUAAAAUAUGCCUACACCCAAAAUUAAAAUAAAACGUAUCGUGGACCUGUGAAAAACGGACUAUAACGACUGAACAUUUUUACAGUUAAAUCACUGAGAGACUUUUAUUUUGAAAGGCAUAUGGCUCAAUACCGAAAAAAAGCAUAUUUAUAUAGGCUUAAACAUAAUUGAGUAUAUUAUACAAAAUUGUGAUUUAAUGAUUUAAGAAUGAUUUUUUGUGAUAUUUAUUGUAAUAUAUAACUGGGUAGUUUUAUUACAUUUAACAGAUUAAAGAAUGUUUUAAUAAAUGUGAGACACUGCGGGGCACGAUAGUCGCCAUUUUUGUUCGGGGCAAAAUGCCUAAAAGUUGUUCUGCAUUUAAUUGCACCAGUAGGUACAAAAGCAAAAAUCCUGAGAUAACGUUUCACAGAUUUCCUUUUAGUAAACCAUCAGUUCUUAAACAAUGGUUGGAUAACAUCGGUCGUGAAAACUUUAAUCCAAAGAAACACAUGGUCGUCUGUUCCCUACAUUUCACGCCAGAAUGUUUUAGUGGUUUCGGAAACCGCAAAAAUCUGUUGUGGAACGCCGUACCAACUCUCUUCACUACUUUCUUACCUCAGGAUGCAAAGACAAUUCAUAAGAGUCUAAAAUCAGGUUUUCGUUCUGCUGACAACUUGGUUGGCAUUGGAUCUGAGAAAAAGUGCUCUUUCGUUGAGGAUGCUCAGCGAUUGGAGAGGCACAAGGAUGCUCAACCAGUCUCUUACAUUAAUGAAGAGUCUUGCUGUCAAACUACAAAGGAUUUAUCAGCCGCAGACCACACCUAUACCAUUUUGGAUCCAUGCAGAACCAAAGCCCGUCUCUUUGAUGUUUUAGAUGCCAACAUGUGGCUACAGAGAAGAUUACAGGCCAAAUGCAAAGUGAUUAAAAGAAUGAAGCUUAAACUACAAAAAGCUCAUGGAGAGCUUCUGACUUUACGCCGUAAAGUGAAGGGCAAAUGUAGCCAAAGAUACAGUUCUCUAUGCAGUAUGGCCUUAAGACCGAGCAGCAGAAAACAUCUUUUAGAUGUAGAACUGAUUUAACGUUUAGGGACCGUGUUGAUUUUGUUUUCCACAAAGCAGGCAAUCAGAAACAUGACAAAGACACCCAUUUAAAACUGAGCUUUACUGUAUGUUUUGUAAAGAUUUGUGUAAAUAAUUUUUCUGCCCAGUAACAUGUUUUUUUAUGAUAUAACUUUUGACGAAAUCUUUCUGUUGGGUAAAGUACAACAUACAAACACACUGUUCAUUUCCAUGGUUCCUUUAUUUUAAAAUGACUGUCUGUACCUGCUGCAUGUGGUUGGCCAUUUGUAUAACAAUACUAACACUCCAGACAGCAAUUACAGAUAUACACGUUUAGUCCAUUAACAUCUGCAAGUCUGCAGCAUUGACAUUUCAUAUAAAUUAGAGUCGACCAGAAACAAAGAGAUGCCAUACAGCCAACCCCUCAAAUUAGGAAUCAAUUGUUCAACAUUACAGCGAAUCAAUUUUCUUGCAUAUACAUCCCAAAAUACCAAAAAGGCAUCAAAAAGCUCAAAUCAACUAAAAGACUGUAAUUUGGGGGGCAUAAAUCUGAGAAGUAUGUGUGACGUAUGGCACUAAAAUGCAGGAUUUAAGGGUGGUGUUGCAGAAAUCAAAUAAAUACAAUGUUUCCAUUGCUA